AUGGUCAUAACAAGGAAAACCCCAAAGAAGACCGCGACAAGAAGUGCAACAAGAGCUGCAAAGCAAGAAAAAGCAGCAGCUGAGGCUUCCGCAAAAACCGAACCCGUUGACACUACUUCCUUACUAAAAGUAGAACCUGAUGGCGACGUCGUCAUGACACCCCAAAAUGAAUCCGUAAGUGGAACAGUGGCCGAAGACGAAGCAACCUCGGAGGGUUUGACUAUGGCUUCCGCUCCAUACGAAACAAACCCGGAAACAUCACCUAUCAACAAUUUCCCGACACCAUUAAACCUUAACGUUGUAGUCAAAAAAUUUAAAAAUCCACAUUACAGGCCAUCAAGAAAAUAUAAAAAUGUCAAACAAAUGCUGGUGGCCGAAAGAAAAGAAAACAUGCCAUUGGAUAUACCAACUUAUUCAAACAUCGAAGCACCACCUUCGAUCGUCCCUCAAAAAAAAUAUUGUGAUAUAACAGGAUUAGAGGCAAAAUAUACGGAUCCAAAAACUCGACUCAGGUACCACUCCGCGGAGAUAUAUAGGGAGAUUAAACAAAUGGCUCCGGGUGUCGUUCAGGAUUACCUUGGGUUGAGACAUGCAGCAGUUAUAUUAAGAUAG